AUGGCCUCACAAGAUCCCCAACUCCCCCCAACAGGGGCUACGGAGGCAGUGCUGGUGAAAUCGGUUGAAAUGCCGGCCAAUGCACAGAAAGUAGAGGAGUUGGACUUCAACAAAUUUCGUGGUCGCCCAAUUACGGUGGAUGAUUUGUUCCAGGGGAUGAAGCAUAUGGGAUUUCAAGCAUCCUCUAUGUGCGAGGCUGUCCGGAUCAUCAAUGAGAUGCGCGCAUGGAAAGACCCCGAAUCGGGGGAUGGCACGACCAUCUUCCUCGGGUACACUUCCAACAUGAUCUCGUCCGGUCUCCGGGGUGUCUUCCGCUACCUGGUCCAGCACAAGCACGUAUCCGCCAUCGUCACCACUGCGGGCGGCAUCGAAGAAGACUUCAUCAAAUGCCUCGGCGACACCUACCUCUCCUCGUUCUCCGCCCGCGGCUCUGAGCUCCGCGCCCAAGGGCUCAACCGCAUCGGCAACCUGGUCGUGCCCAACUCCAACUACUGCGCCUUCGAGGACUGGGUCGUGCCCAUCCUCGACCAAAUGUUGGUCGAGCAGGAAGCGAGUAAAGGCACCGACGACGAGAUCCACUGGACGCCGUCCAAGGUGAUCCACCGGCUGGGCAAGGAGAUCAACGACGAGCGGUCGGUGUACUACUGGGCGUACAAGAACAACAUCCCGGUGUUUUGCCCAGCGCUGACGGACGGGAGCCUCGGGGACAUGCUGUACUUCCACACGUUCAAGUCGUCACCGCAGCAGCUGCGGGUAGAUAUUGUGGAGGAUAUCCGCAAGAUCAACACCAUUGCGGUGCGGGCGAAGCGCGCCGGGAUGAUCAUCUUGGGGGGUGGAGUGGUCAAGCACCAUAUUGCGAAUGCGUGCCUGAUGAGGAACGGGGCUGAGUCGGCGGUGUACAUCAACACGGCGCAGGAGUUUGACGGGAGUGAUGCGGGCGCCCGGCCGGACGAGGCCGUGUCGUGGGGGAAGAUCAAAGUUGGAGCGGAUGCGGUCAAGGUGUAUGUCGAGGCAACGACAUGCUUCCCAUUCAUUGUGGCUAACACGUUCGCCAAAGACGACCAAUAUCAAUAG